AUGAGCAGAAAUAUUAGAGUACUUGAUAUCAAGAAUGUGGCAAAAUAAAGGCUCUCUAUUAAGGCUCCAGUUCAGAUUCGAAAAUUUGAUUUGUCGAGAAUUAGAGAAUAGGAAUUGGAGUUUAAAAGUUUGGUUGACUCAUUUGAAUCUGAUCAGAGGUACUAGAUUUCAAAUAAUGAAGCAUUAAUUCUCCGAUAAAUGGAUCAUUUGUUUUGAAAUCUCAACGUUCAUUGUCUAAAAAGAAAUAUGUAAAUUCCAAGGAAGAGUAAAAUAUAUAUGGAUUAAAAAUAUUGACGAAUUAGCGUUCUUCUUAAAAGCAAUUCGAUAGUCGAAGGUCGAGCACAGAUAUAAUUUAUUUGGAACAAUAAUAAGAAAAGAGUAAUUUGGAAUGGUUAGAGCAUUGCAAAGAAAUUGAACCUCCAUAGGCGAAAUGCCAGUUUUUCCAUUAAAAAUCAAAGUAUUUAGAAUUAUAAGUAGAUAGUCAAUAUUUUUGGGAGGAUGUUGUAAUAUUGGAUCUUGACAUUCAACAAAAUAAGUUUAUAGUUUAAAAGUAUCCUGGUGGUCAAAUUAAGAAAGUGGAUAGACUCUCUCUCUAAUUUGUAAAUUAAAACUAAGAAAUAUAUUAAAAAGUUUAGCAAUGCAAGUAACACAAUGAAUAUAUAAAAGUUAAUAGAGGUAAUUACUAAAGAAGAUAGAACAUAAGAAAUUAUAAUAAAUUAUGUCUGUGCAUAGUACUGAAGUUUCAUAAUUCCCUAAAACCUUGAGAUAAAAGUUAUUCAAGAAAUAUAUCAACGCUUCUAUGACUACAUCUCUGCUGGAUGAAAUAUCAAAUGAAUAUAUUGUGGCUAUGAAGAAAUGCGCAGUAGGCAAUUUUGAUAACAAAUAUAAAUUUACACCAUAAGAUAGGUAUCAAUUUUAUACUUCUAAUCGAAAACAACUCAAAAAAUUGGUACACUUUUACAAAAAGUCAGCAAUAUGUGCUGUGUAGAAUAUGAUUUAAAGAGUUGAGGAUUAUACAGUAUAUACCUAUGAUUUUAGAUUGAUUCAUUUACCUUUAAAAUUGGAGGAAUUUAAUCAUCAUAUUGAUUAACAAGUUGCACUCUAACUUAACGAAUUCAAAAAUUAAAGAUUAUUUAUGCUCUCCAACAUACAAGAUUGUUUGUCGAAAGAACAUAGUUUUGUAACCACAUAGUUAGAUCAGUUCAAAGGAGGACAACUUGAUAAAUUACUUACGAAAAUUAAUUAUAUCUAUCUAACCUUUCUAAAGAAGUAGAUCGAAAAAGAAUACUAUGUUUUGAAGUUGUUCUUAAAACAAUAUACAUAUGAUGAUAAGAAUGAAAUCAAAAUCGAAUUAAGCACCCUUCUUGAACUAAGUGUCAAAAUUAUUAUACCUAAGGGUGGUAAAAUGUCUAGGAAGGACAUUCGUCUUUCGAAUGUUCAGAUGAUUAAACAGAAUGAUCCAAUUAUUUAUAUCUAAUACUCUUUAAACGAUAUUAUAGAAUAAUUAUUAAAACCCUGUAGGUCAUUGUUGACAUUUGUGCAAAAGUUCUAAACUAUUAGAAGUGAAUUGAUGACUUUGUUAUUAUUAAAAGAAACACUUAAAGAUAUAUUCGAUCAAAAAUAAAUUCAUGAUUUAGAAGAAGAAAUUAUACAGAUAAUAACGAUGGAAUAUUAAAAAUGUUACAAUUUAGUAGAACGAUUCUAAAAAUUUAAGAAAUUUUUGAUUCCAUUAAAAUCGAAGGAAAUUGCUGAAAUUUUAGGAAUUGAGCCCAAAGAAAAAUCAAUAACUUCAAUUAAUAAACAAUCAAUUGUGUUGAGAUUGCAACAAUCAAAAAGUGCGCUUUUGGAAAUUGAUCAUUUGUGUAAUACUCGAAGUAGAUUGGGAUUAUUUUCAGUUAAUUUAAAUGAUCUAAAAUUUAUAUUGAAGGAGAAAGUUCAAGAUCAGGCUAAUCAAAUAACAAAUGUAUGAAUUCAUAUCUUUAGUAGAAAAUAAUUGAUUUGAUCAAAUAUAAUACUGCAAAUAUAAAGCAGUAGUUUGAUGAGAUACAAUCGAAGAGUUCCACCUUACCAAACACAGAGGAGAAGUUAGUUGAAUUGAAAUUGCUGUUAGGAGAGUUGAAAAUGGAGUUUUCAAGAAAGAAAGUAGAGAUAUUAUAGAUGUAUAACUAUUUGAUUUUAUAAUUAGAGGAUAAAUGUUGGAAGUAUUAAAUAUGUUUUAUGUUCCUUUUGAUUUCAAUUUAAUGGUCGACUUCUUUUACUUGAAAUAUUGGCCAUAAGAUAUCACAGAAUUGGUGCAAAUGAACAAAAAUAUGAUUGAAAAACAGGAGAAACAAUUCUUGCAGAAACUUUAAGCCGAGAAGUAUGAGUUUGAAGAACAUAUCUACAAGAUUUCAGAAUUAUUUACUGAGAUUAAGACAUUUCAUUCUUAUGAGGAGGUUAAGCAUAAAUUACCUGCUGUGAGGUAGCUUAAUUUAUAUUUUGAUAAUGCAAAAGAAAUGACACACUCAUUUCAUUAGAGAGAGGGGUUGUUUGGUUUACCUAAUUCCACUUAUCCCCAAUUAGACUUAUUAAUUAGUGAGUUUCAACCAUAUCAAAAGUUAUGGGAAUUGGCGAGUAAUUUUGAGUAGUAAAAAGAUCAAUGGUUAUAUGGAUCAUUUAAGAAAUUGAAUUCUUAGGACAUUUAAAUAAAAAUAAAUGAUUAUGUCAACUAAACGAUCAAGAUGACUCAAUAUUUCAAGGAUGUCAAUAAUGAAUAUGCUCAAUAAUUUCUUAGAGGUCUCAGAGCAGCCAUGGAGAGAUCAAAAGAAUUCAUUUGGAUUAUCGAAGCCCUUGUUAUAGAGGCAUUUUAAAAAAAGCCUUCUUUUUGGAGAGACCUGUUUAGAGAAUGCCAUAUAGCAAACUUCGAUCCAAAGGAAGAUUUUCCCUUGUAAAUUCUGAUCACAAGAGGAAUCCUGAAUGUAAAGGAGCAAGUGCUGGCAGUCUCUUAGAGAGCAGAGAAAGGAUGGAACAUCGAGAAGAGACUAAAUGAAAUGUAGGAUAAAUUAUCAGUAAUUGUGAUUGAGAUUGUACCUUAUAAAGAUACAUACAUAUUUAAAAAUUACGAGGAGGUUUAGAUGCUAUUGGAUGAAUAAUUAAAUGUUUUAGGCAUAUUAAAGGCUUAGCCCCAUGUGAAGAUGGUGUUGAGUAAGGCCAAUCAAUUGGAGUAUAAGACAGUGCUGAUAUAGGAUACCUUGGAGUAUGGUAUGAAAUGUCAGAAACAUUGGAUUUAUUUGGAUCCCAUAUUUACUAGUGAGGACAUCAAGAAGAAAUUGGCAAAAGAGGCUUAAUUUUUUAGGAAUGUUGAUCAAUCAUUUAAGAUGUGCAUGGAAAACUUUAAUCAGAAUAGGAAGAUAUGGGAAUGUAUAGAUUCUGAGAAGAUGAAAGUAGAGUUCAGCAAUAAUGUAUUAAUGCUUGAUCAGAUUUAAAAAAGUUUAACCAUUUAUUUAGAAUCAAAGAGAGUGCUCUUCCCAAGAUUCUAUUUUGUUUCUGAUGAAGAAUUAGUUGAGAUACUGGCACAAACGAAAGAGCCUGUGUAGGUGCAAAGACAUAUCUAUAAAUGUUUUGAGUCCAUAUAGGAGUUGAAGUUCGAGAAGUAUUCUUUGAUUACAGGAUUCUAUUCAUCAUUGAAGGAGUGUGUGCCUUUGGAAUAGGCGAUUAAUGUAGCAUAGGAUGAUAAAUCGGGCAAUGUGGAAUUAUGGUUGUAAGAUUUAGAGACACAAAUGAAAAGUUCCAUCUCAAGGAUAUCAAAUAGAACUUUGAAGGAUUUGAAUUGCACAAAGUAAGAAUUCAUUACAAAAUGGCCAACUUAAUCUAUAUUAUUGGCCAAUUAGAUUAAAUGGACUAGAAGCACAGAAACUGCUAUCCGACAAUAACAAAAAAUGAAUCUAAAAUUAUAUUUGAGUAUAUUGCACAAAGAACUUUAAGACACUGUGUUAUUAGUCAGAUCAGAUCAAAACAAAUUACAAACAGCUACCUUAGAAGCUAUGGUCGUGAUUGAAGUACAUCAGAAAGACAUUGUAGAUACUUUGUAUAAGAAGAAUGUUUAAGAUGCUAAUGAGUUUGUUUGGAUUUCACAGAUGAGAUUUUAUAAUGAAAUCGUGGAAUAGGAAUUUGUGGUUAAUGUCAAGAUGGUCAACUCGGUAUUGUAAUACGGUUUUGAAUAUUUGGGUAAUCUAACUAGAUUGGUGAUAACGAAACUGACUGAUAGAUGUCAAAGAACUCUGUUGAGUGCAUUAAACAUGAAUUAUGGAGGAGCUCCUGAAGGACCAGCUGGAACAGGGAAGACAGAAACUGUGAAGGAUUUAGCAAAAGCAAUUGGAAUGCCUUGUAUUGUGUUUAAUUGUUCUGAAGGAUUAAAUUACAUAGCCAUGGGUAAGUUUUUCAAAGGAUUGGCUUCUUCAGGAUCCUGGUGUUGUUUCGAUGAGUUCAAUAGGUUGGAUCCGGAAGUGUUGUCAGUGGUUGCUCAAUAGAUAUACACAAUAUUUUAGGCAGUAAAGGAAAAGAGGAAGCAAUUCAAUUUCGAAGGAGUUCACAUUAAUUUAACUUUGACUGUGUCUAUCAACAUUACGAUGAAUCCAGGUUAUGCAGGGAGAUCUGAGUUACCAGAUAAUCUGUAGAUCUUGUUUAGACCAUGCGCUAUGGUGGUGCCAGAUUAUGCUAUGAUAGCUGAAAUUUAUUUGUACAGUACAGGAUUUGAGAAGGCCAGAGAAUUGAGUCAGAAGAUAGUCACAUGUUUGAGAUUGUGCAAUGAAUAAUUAUCGUCUUAGGAACAUUAUGAUUUUGGUAUGAGAGCUCUCAAGGCUAUACUGAGUGCAGCCAAGAAUAUGUACGAAGGGUAUGAAGAGGAAAUAUGUUUGACAGCAAUCAUCAAUGUAAAUAAACCCAAAUUUAUACCCAACGAUGUGGAUCUCUUUAUGGCAAUUACAAAGGAUUUGUUUCCUGAUAUCAAACCAAUUGAAUCCAAUCAAUUGGAAUUAGAAGAAGCAUGUGCAGAGUUGAAUUGUCAAAUGGAUAAAUUGUUCUUAUCGAAAAUCGAGGAAUUGCAAAACAACAUCAAUGUCAGAAAUGGAGUUAUGUGUAUUGGUGAGACGUUCUCGGGUAAAACAACCACGAUUUAAGUUCUGGCCAAAGCUCUCAAUUGUUAAAUCUUUAAGCUCAACCCAAAAUCUAUUAACACUGAUUAGUUAUAUGGGUUCUUGGAUCCUGAUACUCGACAAUGGUCUGAUGGAGUGGCUCCCAUUUUAAUUAGAGAAAACAUUGAGAAACCCCAAAGGAUUUGGAUUCAUUUUGAUGGUCCUGUGGAUUCACUUUGGAUCGAGAACUUAAACACUGUGUUGGAUGACAAUCAGAAAUUAUGUUUAACUUCUGGUGAAAUAUUGAAAAUCCCAACUACAAUGUGCAUGGUCUUUGAAGUUGAAGAUCUAUCUGCAGCCUCUCCUGCCACAGUAUCUAGAUGUGGUAUGAUAUAUUACAUUCCAUUCAAGUGGCCAUCCUUAAUUGCCUCACUGUAAUUGCCAAAUGGUUUCGAUCUAGAUUAUUUUAUUAGACGGAUGAGAUUGUAAUAUGAUAUUUAAUAUGUAGUUUGAUCGAUCAUACCCUAGCAUGGACAAAGUUGCAUGUCAAAUUCCCUGUUAUGUACAUAGAAACUAUCCUUGUUUCCAAUUUUAUAAAUCUCACUAAGAAAUGUUUGACCUUCCUUGGUGAUGAAGAGAAGACUCCAAAUAACAUGGACAACAUGAUGAUCUUCGCUUUGGUUUGGUCUGUGGGAGCAGCCAUGGAUGAGAUCUAUCGGCCUCAAUUCAGUAAAUUCAUCAAUCAAUUAAUCAAAACUAAUAAAUCUGAUUUGUAGACCAUCUAUUAAGAUGAAGCCACCUUCUAGUUUCCCAACAAUGAUGGCAUUGAUUAUUUCUUACAUUGUUUUUCCAAUGGAAAGUGGGUCAAAUGGAUCAAUGUAAUCCCAUUUUAUCUAUUAACUAGCUUAGCAAUAAAAAGUAGAUCAAUCCUGAAAUGCAAUUCCAUCAAAUAGUAGUCCAAACGCAAUCCUCUAUUCGCAAUGAUUAUUUGGCUACUAUAGGUCUCCAUAUGCUUUAUUGUGGACCAACGGGAACUGGAAAAACACUAUCGAUGGCAGCAAAAUCAGGAUUUCAAAUUGUGUGUUCUGGUUCAACUACAGGCAACUCUAUCUAGCGAUUGAUCGAGACCAAGAUCAAUAAGAGAAGGAGGAAGGGUUAUUAUGCAUCAGAGGAAGGUCACAUCUUUAUAUUCAUAGAUGAUCUAAAUAUGCCUUAUCGAGAACCUGAAGGUGCUUAGCCUGCCAUAGAGCUGCUAAGACAAUGGAUGGAGAUGGGGGGGUGGUAUGACUUAGACAAUAAGGAAUUUAAAUACAUGUGUGAUAUCACAUUCCUUGGAGCCAUGCAACCAAAUGUAAGUGGAAGGAAUCAGGUGACAAAGAGAUUUCUGAGAUUCUUCAAUAUUCUCUAUAUUGGGGGUUUUGACAACGAAAGCAUGACGAAUAUGUUGGAAGUGUUUAUCUAUUGGUUGUCAAUCAAGAUAGAGAAUGGAGUGGAGUUCUUGAAUAUCAAGGACUAGAUUAUAGUGACCACGCUGUUCUUAUUCGAGAAGGUGCAAACCAAAUUGUUGCCCACUCCCUCGAAAUCGCAUUACAUAUACACAGUCAGAGACAUUUUCAAGAUAUUUUAGGGAAUGAGCAAAGUGCACAAGAUCAUUAAUUAAUAGUACUUGGUUAAAUUAUGGAGUCAUGAAUGUGCUAGGAUAUUUAGUGAUAGAUUGGUAGACAUGAAUGAUAUCAAGAUUUACAAUGAUAUCAUGAAGGAAUCACUGCAGCAAUUGUACCCUGAACAUCUUCAACAUAAUCUAUUCCUCCCGUUCUUCAACAACUAAUAUGAGGAGGCGCCUUUGAUGCAUCGAGUAUUGGACAAGGUUAAAUGGUACUUAGAACAAUAUAACUAUCAAUAAUAACAAUACAAAAUGGAAUUGAUACUCUUUACUAAUGCUAUUUUACAUGUGGCCAGGAUCUCUAGGAUAUUGUUGAGUGGACAUGCAUUGCUAAUUGGCAUGGGUGGAAGUGGCAGAAGUAAGACAAACAUCACUAUAUUUUAGCCUCCUUAUCAAAGUUGGCUAAUUUCAUAUUGUUUUAGCAAUCAGCAGAAACAAUUGAUUCUAAACAGUGGGAUGAAAAUCUGUUGUCAGUGCUCAAAGACUCAGGAAUGGAAAAUAAAAUAAUUACACUAAUAUUUUAGGAAUCUCAAUUUCAUUAGGAUUACAUGUUGGAAGACAUUUGCAAUAUCAUGACUCACGGUGAGGUGUCUCAUCUCUUCCCUCCCGAGGAAAGAAUCAAAGUCUAAGAAGAAUUGCCGUAUUCCUAAUUUAUCAAAAAUUGUAAACACAACAUGCAUAUCAUAUUGUGCAUGUAACCAAUAGGGGAGACUAUACGUAAACGGUUACGCUCAUUCCCAGCCAUUAUUAAUAGUACAACCAUCGAUUGGUUCAUGAGCUGGUCAGAUGAAGCCUUAGAAUCCACUGCUUUUGGAUUUCUCAAACAGAAUGCUUUGGUUAAGGUGGCUGUGGAUAUUCAUCACAAAGUACUCGAUCUCACUGAUAAGUACAAAGAGGAGAUGAGAAGAUACUUUUAUGUGACUCCCACCCAGUAUCUCUAAAUGCUGAAGAUCUAUCAGAAGAUCUAUGAGGAAAGAGUAUUACGAUCCAGGAAGGCCAUUGACAGAAUGGAAACAGGAAUUGAAAAGAUUUUGCACACUGAGUAGGAAGUAGAUAAGAUCAGGAAUAUGCUGUUUGAAUUGCAACCUCAAUUAGAGAAGGCUACGAAUGAUAAUCAGAUUCUCCUAAAGAAGAUUAAGAAGCGAUAGCAAGAUGCAGAUUAAAAGAGAAUGGUUUGUGAACAGGACGAGAAAGAAUGUAGUGUAUAAAGAGAAGAAGCCAAUUCUUUGAGGAAUCUAUGUUAGACCUAAUUAAAUAAUGUGAUUCCUCUGCUUAAGUAAGCUACAGAUGCGUUGGAGAAGAUUUCAAGGGAAGACAUGAUUCUAUUGAAAUCUUUUAUCUACCCUCCUCCUUCCGCAGCUAUUGUAAUGGAGGGACUCUGCUAUGCAUUCGAGAUCGACGAUCAAGUUUAAUCCAAGAACAAAGAUCCCCCAACUAUUCAAGACUUCUGGGACUUCGCAAAAAAGAAUCUAUUGAAUGAUAAACUAAUCAAAAGAAUCAAGAAGAUGAAAUUAGAAGAAAUCAGAGCCAUCAAUAUCGUCAAUAUUGAAAAACUAGAAGUCUUCUCCUAAAAUCCACUAUUCGAACGAGACAAAGUAUUUAAUGCCUCUACAGCUGCAGGCAACCUCUCUGAUUGGAUCCGAGCUGUUCUCAAUAGCUACUAAGCAGUCGAAAUUAUUGAGCCUAAGAAGUAGCAAUUGGCAGAAGCAGAAAUUAGAUUGAAAGAUGCAGAAGAGAAACUAGGCAUCAAAAGGUCUGCUUUGGAUGAAGUCAUGAUUGAAUUGAAGAGAUUGUCUAAUGAGUAUCAAAAGGCUAGAAUUGAAAAAGAGUAAAUCGAACAAAAAGUUGAAAGUAUCACUAUACAGUUGCAAAGGGCAGAAAAAUUGACCAAUAAUCUCUCAGAUGAAAAAGUUAGGUGGAAAAAGAAAACUCAGAAAAUUAAAGCAGAAUAAAACACUCUUGAAGGAGAUAGCAUUCUAUGUUCAGCCUUAAUAUCUUAUAUGGGAGUAUUUCCUAUUCAAUAUAGAGAAAAUGCAAUACAAUUAUGGUAGAUGAAAUUGUUAUAAGAGGGCAUUCAAUCUUCCUCGCCAUUCCAAUUGUAAAAACAGUUGAGUGAUCCAUUGUAGAUUAAUAAAUGGCUACAAUAGAAAUUGCCGAAUGAUCAAUUCUCUAUUGAUAAUGCGAUCAUCAUGAAAUAGUCAUCUAAAUGGCCUUUGAUUAUUGAUCCUUAAUUGUAAGCAAAUCAGUGGAUUAGAAAUAUGGAAGACAGCAAAAGCUUAUUGAUAUUUAAUGCAAGAUCACCAAUCCAAUAAGUGUAAUUGCAAUUAGAACAUGCUAUUUAAAUUGGAUAUGCUGUCUUGGUUGAAAAUGUUACAGAAGACAUCGACCCCCUCUUCAUUUAAAUCUUAUCAUAGAAGGACUUUGGAUCAACUGCUCAAAUAAAGUUCUUUGAUAAAGUCAUUGAACAAUCUAAUGAUUUCAGAUUCUAUCUUACCACUAAAUUAGACAAUCCACAUUACCAACCUCAAAUUUGUGUUAUGGUUACUCUAUUGAACUUCUAAGCAACACUGCAAGGAUUAACUGAUCAAAUGUUGAAUGUGGUUGUCAAAAUAGAUGAACCAGUAAAGGAAGAAUUGAGAAUUAAGAACAUCUUCUACUUUAUAUCUAAUCAGGAUAAACUAAUCAAAACAGAAGAUUAAAUGUUGGAACUGCUCUCACAAGCAGGAGGAGAUUUAUUAUAAAAUGAGACUAUCAUUAUAGCUCUCCAGAAUACAAAAGAUGAAGGCAAUAACAUAGAAGAAAGAAUUCGUAAGUUGGAGACUGAUAGUCAGGCAUUCAAUGUCACUAGGCAAUCCUAUUAAUAAGUGGCUGAAACUGUGGCAAAUUUAUACUUCGUAGUCUAUUAUUUAGCAACAGUUGAACCCACUUAUUUGUGGUCAUUAGAUUUCUAUGUUGCUCUCUAUUCUAAGGCUAUUAAAGAAGCAUAGCAAGGUAAACUCAAAAGAAAUCAAAAUAUCAUUGACAAAUUCAUAUUAAUGCUUUACAACGCUGUCAAUCGAUCUUUGUUAGAAAAGGAUAAAUUAAUUUUUAGAUUUCUCUUAUGUCAACGACUAAUGAAUGUUCCCAUAAACUUGGUUAGAACAUCAGUUAUGGGUUGUUCAUUGACUUCUACUGAAAUACCUAUGCCUAAAGAUUACUCAUGGCUGACUUACAAAAUGUGGUUAGCAUUGGUAGACCUCUAAUAAUAAUAUCCUCAUAUCUUUAAUGGUAUUUGUGAUUCAUUUGUUAAUAAUAAACCUUUUUGGGAUCAUUUCUAUACUACUCCUCAUAGUUUCAAGAAUUAAAUUCUAAAUUUGGAUUAAUUUUAAAUUAACAUGAUAGUCAAAAUCAUCAAACCAGAAUAAUUCAUUCAAGCCACAAAUGAAAUGAUAAGAACAUUUAUGGGGUACAUCUUCUUAGAAAGUAUUCCCAUCACAUUUGAGUAAUUUUACCUAGAAUCAGAUCAAAAUACUCCAUUGCUUUGUGUUACAACCCCAGGAGCUGAUCCAAGAUCUGAAAUCAUUGGUUUAGCUCAUAAAUAUGGGUUUUAAGAUAAGCUUAAUGUUAUCUCCUUGGGACAAGGAUAAAGUUAAUUAGCGAUUAAGUUGAUUUUGAAAGCCAUCUAAAAUGGAAAUUGGGUGCUCCUACAAAAUUGUCAUCUGGCAGCCUCAUUUAUGCCUGAAUUAGAAAAACUUUACGAAAAUUAAUUGAAGCAAAAUAUCCAUACAAAUUUUAGACUCUGGCUAACUACUUUGCCUACUAAUCUAUUACCAUAAAAUGUAAUUAUACGAGGUAAAUUAAAUUCGUCUCAUAUUUUUAGCACUUAAAAUGACCUAUGAAUUGCCAAGGGGAAUAAAAAACAAUAUGUUGAGGUCUUAUUUGUCUCAAGAUCCGGAGAAGUUUGAAUUAUGCAAAAGAUUGAAGGAAUGGAAGAAUUUAUUUUUUUCUUUGGCUCUUCUUCAUGCUUGUUUGCUUGAACGUAAAAAGUAUGGACCCUUAGGAUGGAACAUAGGAUAUAAUUUCUCAUAACAUGAUUUAGAAAUGUCUAAAGAAUAGAUUCUGUAUUUUCUGGAUUAGAAUAAUGAUAUUCCUUGGGAUGCUCUUCAUUAUUUAAUAGCAGAAAAUAAUUAUGGCGGUAGAGUCACUGAUCCUGUUGAUAGGAAGUUGCUAAAUAUUUAUGUGUCCGAUCUUAUUAAUAAAGACAUUGUGGAAGGCUUUUCAUUCAACGAUGUCUAUAAAGUGCCUUCAGAGAUGCCAUUGAAGGGAUACAUAGAAUAUAUAGCAGCCUUUCCAAUUGCAGAUCCUCCUCAGUUAUUCGGAUUACAUCCAAAUGCUGAAAUCUACUCUGCCAUUCUAGAUACAGAAAAUUUAAGUUCGACUAUCUUGUAAUUGCUUCCAAGAACUUUAGGAGACUAAAGCAUUCAUCCAGACAAAAUAGUUUAGAAGAAAGGAAGAUCUAUAUUGAAUGAACUACCAGCUUAAUUUAAUAUUUCAUUGGUUGAAUAAAAGUAUCCAUUACUAUAAGACAAUUCUAUGCAUACUCUCAUUCAAUAAGAAGUUAAUAAGUAUAAUAAAUUGAUUUCUCAAAUAUUCAACUCAUUAGAAUAACUUAUGCAAGCAUUGGAAGGCUAUAUUAAUAUGACAGAUUAACUAAAUGACAUUUACAAUUCCAUUUUCGAUAACAAAAUACCCUCAGAUUGGAGCAAGCUCUCUUAUUUGACUACAAAGCCAUUAGGAUCCUGGUUCAGCGAUUUACUUAAAAGAAUUCAGUUUUUAGACAGUUGGAUUAAUAAAGGUGAACCUACUAUCUUUUGGCUUGGAAGCUUUUUCUUUAUUCAAGGAUUCUUAACUGCUGUAUUACAGAAUUAUUCAAGAAAAUCCAAGAUUCCAAUUGAUUAAUUAAAAUUUGAUUUUGAGUUCAUGAAACAAAUACCAAAUCAAGGUUCUCAAAAUGGGAUUUUUAUUGAAGGAUUAUCAAUCGAUGGAGCUCAAUUUGAAUUGGAAGAAUAAACUCUACUGGAGCCAGAUCACAACAUAUUAUUUUUCAAAUGUCCAAUUAUUAAGUUUAUACCAACUAAUUAGCCAAAAAAAUAUAAUCAUUAUUCCUGUCCUUUAUAUAAUACUUCUUAAAGAAAAGGAGUUCUAACCUCAAAUGGUUUAUCGAUCAACUUUAUCUGCAAUAUUAAAAUACCAAUUAAAAAUGAAAAAAAACAUUGGUCUAAAAGAGGAGUGGCUCUGAUCAUUUAAAUUGAUUGA